ACCAAUCAGAAAGCGUAUAGUAAGUGGACCGAACCGUUUAUAAUUUUGAUAUCUUAUACAAUACAAGUUAGUUUAUCUUGGUUGUUCUUGUUAGAAAGAUUUCAACACACUUUGAAACUUAAUAUGGAACUCGCUUUCUUAAACAUAAAUAAUGUAAGUGUAAAAUUUCAUAUCAAUAGUGAUCAAUUUUAUUCGAACACUCUAUUUGCCGGUCAUGGAAAGCCUGACUGAUGUUAAAUUUUCUAUUCAUUUUAUAGGAGGAUGACCUUGAAACUUACAAAACUGCUACAGUUACUGACAAAGAAAGCAAGUCACAACAAACGGGUAAUGAAAGUGAAGCGGUUGAUCCGUGGGCACUGCCUGAAUUUGAAAGAACUGGUCCAAAAUGGCAAGGUAACUUAAAUUUUGGCGCAAUUUUACAUUUGCCGGUUGAUUCAUUUCAAUUCAUAAAUGGCGCCAUUUCUUUUCUUUAGAAUUAACGACGGGCGGUAAAGUGAACCUCGUUAUUCGCACUUUUAUCAAGAUUAUCUGCCUUCUUUGCCUUCUAUAUUUGUUCAUAUGUUCCCUAAACUUUCUCAGCUCUGCUUUCCGGUUACUGGGUGGGAAGACGGCUGGGAAAGUGUUUGCUGCCGACGGAAUACUCUCAAAUCCUGUUGCUGGUUUGAUGAUUGGACUUCUAGCAACUGUUCUGUUUCAAAGUUCUUCCACUACCACUUCAAUAGUCGUCGCAAUGGUCUCCUCAGGCAGUAAGUAUGGUGCAGUAAAAUUUGAAAGAAAUUUGAAGAAUAAAUGUAAUAAUAUAAAACCCCAAGCUAAGGCUAUUUACAGUCGUGCCAAUAGAAGCGUCUUUAUAUAAAUACAACUUUUAUAUAUAUUAAACCUGAUACCGAAACAAACCACCGGCUACCUUGGUUUAUAAGUUAAACUAAAACCUAAAAGAACUUUAAUAAAAUUUUAAAUAUCUGUAUUUAUAGCGGAGCGCAAAUUUUUUUUUCAGUUUGUACUUUCGAAAACUCAUGGAAUUAGUUCGCCACGUGUUUGACUAAAUUGGUUGCCAAGGUCAACUUUGCCUUUGUCUAUGCAUUUUUCACUCCAAUGUAAAUUAGAUAAAAAUAUUAUUUUGAUCAAAAUGUGGCAGUAGAAGAACUGAGGAUGCUUAUUGUCUUGGCAUUAGGCAGGGAAUUUGCGUCAAAAGAUAGCUAGCCAAGUUUAUCGAAAUAUCAAAUUCCAACCAUAUGUCUCAAAUGUCGAUAUAUUAACUUCCGCUGCAGUUAUUUACAUAAUUGUCAUAGAAUUAAAUUCUGUCGUGUUACAUUGAUUUCGUAAUACUUUUAUGGCUACAAACUAGUAUUUCUAUAGAAUGUUUCAAUAUUGUAUGGAACGUAUGGUUUUGCAAGGACUUUGCCCCUUCAUCAAUUAUGAAAAUUAUUUUUUGUUGUUAUUUUUUAUUAAUUAAUCAAUUGGCAAUUGCAGUGAUGGGGGGGGGGAGGGGGGGUGUAUAGGGGUAUACAAGUCCGCCGAUCCGCCCAAAUUUGAAGCAAAAUCUGCGAUCCAACAAUGGUCUUGUCUAAAUUUGAAUCCGCUAAAAACUCUACUAUGAAGUCACAAUCCAGGAUCUGAACUAAAUUGCAAGCUAAAUCCACAAUAAUCCGAGCCUAAAAUAUUAGAUAAAUCCGCAAUCUGAACUUGUAUUAAUAAGAUCCGCAAAUCUGUGUAAAAUAUUCGCCAGAUCCAAAAUCCGAACAAUUUGUUCUGUGAAAUCUGACCCGAAAACCUAUUCAAACCUCAGUGAUAUAAAGUAAUAGUAUGCAUGCUUUUUUACUUUGAAAUCUGGUGUGGACAUAAUUAAAUAUAGUUAUAUUGUGCCCUAGUUUAUUAUUUUACUCUGUUUUACACCAGAUUAUUGAACUAUAGCUCUGUCUAAUGCAGACAAUUUUACUCAUGCAAGGGGAUAGGCUGUUGCUCAAUGGGUUAAGCAAAUUAAUUAAGUAUUUAAUUUCAGGCAAUAUGUUUGAGGACUGCAAUUACCCCCACCAAAAGGUCAUAAUAAGUUUCUGUCACUAAUGUUUUCUAUUUUUUACAGUCCUGGAUGUUGGACAAGCAAUUCCGAUUAUCAUGGGAGCAAACAUUGGCACCUCUGUGACCAACACCAUAGUUUCCAUGGGUCAUGUGAAACAGCGUGAUGAGUUUCGUCGAGCAUUUGCAGGAGCAACAGUUCAUGAUCUGUUCAACUGGCUUACAGUCCUUGUCCUACUGCCAACUGAAGUUAUAACGAAGCAUUUCUUUGGCUCUUCCUAUCUUUUCUACUCCUCAAAAGCUAUCACAGAUGCAUUGGGCAUUGAGAAAAAGCAAGGAACUAAAGUAGAAUUUCUAAAGACUAUAACCAAACCUUUCACCAAUCAAGUUAUUAAAAUAGACAAAAAUGUAAUCAAACGUAUUGCUGAAGGUAAAGAUGUUGCUGCUGAUGAAAGUUUGAUCAAGUACUGGUGUAAGACAACCAAAGUUUUCAACAACACCCUGAAUAAAACUGUCAAAGUUGGAGUGGAGCCAUGCAAGUUUCUUUUCCAUGAUACAGGAAUGAAAGAUUCAUUGGUUGGCAUUAUUUUAUUAGUUCUUUCUAUUGCUUUGCUCUGCUUUUGUUUGGUGUGUAUAGUUAAAUUAUUGCAUUCAAUGCUGAAGGGCAAUUUAGCUUCAGUUGUUAAGAGGACCAUUAAUGCUAAUUUCCCUGGGCCAUUUAAGUAUUUUACGGGGUAUUUUGCCAUUUUGGUUGGCGCUGGUAUGACCAUGUUGGUACAGUCCAGUUCAAUCUUCACAUCAGCACUAACACCAUUGGUUGGAAUUGGCAUUGUGACAAUUGAGCGUAUCUUCCCAUUGACACUUGGUGCAAACAUUGGUACCACUGGUACUGCUAUUCUAGCUUCCCUUGCUAGUUCAUCGAACUUUCAAGCAGCAUUACAAAUUUCUCUGUGCCAUCUAUUGUUCAAUCUGACAGGAAUAGCCAUCUGGUAUCCAUUGCCAUUCAUGCGGAAUGUUCCUAUCAAGUGUGCCAAGAAACUUGGUGAUACAACUGCAGACUAUCGUUGGUUUGCAUUGGUUUAUCUUGUCAUAUGCUUCUUUAUUCUACCUGCUACAAUAUUUGGGUUAUCCCUAGCUGGUGCGUACAUCCUACUUGGUGUCCUUGUUCCUAUUGCCACCUUGCUGUUGUUGGUUGUAAUAAUCAACCUUCUACAAAACAAGAUGCCUUCCAUCCUACCCACAUUACUAAGGACAUGGAAAUGGCUUCCUGAGUGCCUGCGCUCACUGAAACCCUAUGACAAAGUGUUUGUCAAAAUCAUUGAGGUGUUUAAAAGUUGUUGUGGUAAGAAGCAAUGUGCAGUUGAUUGUGAUGAACCAGAAACUUAUGUUUAAGAUUACAUUAUAUAAAAAUUUAACAUGCUUGACCUUAUUAACUCUUUCUCAUCCAUACACAUUCCCAUUGGGAAAUGAAUUUGUCAGGCUUUCUGGUUUGUGCUAAAGAAAAAAACAUGAUAGAGUCAACAAGUGUUGGGUCUCAGCCAUGCCCAUAACAUACAAAUUUAAGUUUGACUUCAGAUGUGGAUGGGAAAGAGUUUUAAUGCAUACAUUUGAAGUAAAUUGAAUGCUAACCCAACACUUUUGUGUUUCAUAAUUAUAUUUCAAAGAAUAGAAAAAUCUGCAAUAGGUUUUUACUGAUCAAAAUAUGAUUAUAAAACACAAAAGUAUUGUUGUGUUCUACUUAUACCAGGGAAAUUGCUCAAAAUUCAUUCAGGCUUUGGCACAUUCACAUAUUUAUAUUAAGUUCUACUCCUUGAAUCUUUUGAGCCAUCUGCUCCAUAACAAAAAUAUCAAGUAGUCAAUGAUGCUUCAUGCUUGUGCAUGAGCUUUAAAAUAAUUCUUUAUUAAUUUUAUAUAAUGUUUUAUUGUGUGAUAAACUGAUAAUUCAUAUGGCCCCAUCUAAAGUAUUAACAAGAAAGUUCCUAGUUUGAUUAACUACGUUAUAGUAACUGUGAUCAUCUCUAAUGUUCACAAGAAUUAUAGUAACAAAUUAAAAAAUUUAUAUAAAGAUAUUUAUGAAAGAGAUUACUAGAAAAAUUAUUAUUAAAAAUUUUUAGAAAAUGGGUGCUUUCUUGUUGAACAUAUGAAUUGUUUAACAUGUUUAGAAAAGCUCUUGAAGUUGCUUUUUCAUAGUUAAUUUAUAAAAUAGUUAUGUUAUUUUAUUUUGUGUAUGAAUGAAGUGCUAAUAAAGUUCUUAUUUGUUCACUUUAAUGCCAGGGAAUCUCAUAAGACCUUCAGCAGGUGAGUAUUGUACAAAUAUUAAUUUUUAAUCCUUGUAGUUUGUUCAUUGUUUUUGUUUCACGGCCUUGCUACCAACCAACUAGUAACCAUUCUUUUGUAAUAAGGGUAUAAUUUAGCUUUCUAGAUAAUUUCCCCACAGGCUAUAUUAUACGCAUUACCAAAAAGGAAAAUAACUCGAUAUUUCACAAUAUUGUUACCACAGUUUCAAGAAAUAGCAGUAAACAGUUACUACAACAAAUUGAUGCCUCAAUAUAUUGUGUGUAUAAUACACCCACGUAGUCUGAUGAUGGCAUUGACAUGAAACUGCAUGCAGUUACCGAAUUUUAAAACUUUUUAAUUUACCAUUUUUUAAGUUUAACAUUAAAUUUUAAUACAGCAAAUUGGCCAACAAUGUUUGAAAUAAUUUUAUGACAAUAUAUCAUUUUUGCAAUGACGUCAUUUUGGGAUGGUAUAUUAAGUCAACAGAAUAUACAUAAAGCCACAUACACCACAGUCCACACCAACCCAAUUGUCCCUGAUUUAUAUCUAACUGAUGUGCUGCUUAUUUACAAUUAUUUAGCUUUGUUUCCAGAUUCUACUACUGUAUUUGCACUACAUAUGUUUCUUCCAUUCGUAUUUUAUUCACUUUUGUCUUUACUAAAAUUCUAAAUGAUUUCUCCACACCUCUUCAGACAUAGUUGAUAGUUCUCACUAACGUAACGUCUUACUUGACAUGAAGCCGUACUUGGUAGGUUUAUCCCUUUAAGUGGCAAUGCGCCCUAUAGCUAUUUAAUAGUUAAUACUUUAUUAUUUUACACUCUCUAACGCCAGACGAUUUUACUCGUCAAUGGGGGAUUGCUGCCAAUCUAUAGGUUCAAAAGGAUUUUCCGUUCCUUGAUAGAUAUACACAAAAACUAAAUAUUUAUUCGUUGGACAUUUCCCUUGGCUUUGAGUUUGGCCUAUUUAUAUGUGCAAUAAAAUAUUUCUUUGAGGAUCAUUGAAAAGCAAAACCUUUUGACUUGUUCUUAUUUACGCGUGCAAAAUAAUUUAAUUUAUUUCUUCCUGCAAAAUAAUCUAAUUGUUUGUUUGUGCCCUUUUUAGGUUUCGUUGCCGUUGGUUUUCGAUUACUUCUCACUCACUUGAUUGCGUGAUUUUUACAAUCGGAAUGACAUUAACUAGUCAUUAGAUGCACAAUCUGUAUGAACCAAGCAAACACCAAUAUCAUAAUAGGGCAACGUUGUUAUGCAACAAUAUUGUAGUUGCGAAAAACAUGGUGUUGCUUGUAACAGUAUUCCAUGCAUUGUAUAUAAAUAUUGCAUGACUACGCUGUUUACAAGACGCAUUGCGCAACGUUCAUGCAGAACUGGUAAUUGCAUCAGUAUGCAAUUAAUUUCUUUUACUUGGUGUUUAUAGCAAUCUCGUUCCCCGAGCCUGCGAUCCUCGGGAAGGAACGCGAGGCUCUGGGAUAAUCCGUUGCCGGAAGCCAGGAAUUGUGGCUAAGAUUGAACUACGCAUCCAUUUCAACGGCCAAUCAGAUUCCUCCCCGAAACGGAUUAUCCCAGAGCCUCGCGUUCCCGAGGAUCGCAGGCCCGGGGAACGAGAUUGUGUUUAUAGCUACAUGCACAUAUACUACCGUUUCUGCACCUGUUUGUUGUGAUCCAAAGAACAAAAGAUAAAACAAAAGUGAUAUUCAUCCGAACUAACUUUGCAUGAAAAAGAGGUUCGUAAAUGGCAGAACGAGCACCGACGUACAUGCAGUCUUGCACUUGUGCAAUACUAACAAUGCAUAAAUAUGAAGUUCGAAUAAUGUAUGUUUGGCUAAAAUUUCGUAACCCGUCGUCCAUGACAUAUUGACAAUUGAAUUGUGUUUUCAUGCAUGAGAAACACCUGUGAAAAUUUAAGUUUAAAAGAAAUUUGUAAAACUCAGUCAGCUCCUGCCACUUCGAAAAUAUUCACUCAAACUUCAGUGGACUCUCGAGUAAAAAAAUUGCGGAACGAGAAAUAUUUUCUUAACUAAAGUAACUUACUUUAUAGACUAUAUUUUUUGGGCGUUAAUAAAGGCCAUGUUGCACGAGGCAACUCUUGCUGCAACUUGCAAUUUCUCAAACAAAGCCAUAUUAUAUUUAAGGUAUUCACAGAAAGUCUGUGAACACGGCCCACUUCGCUCCCCCAAAGUGUUUUCAUUCUCAUUUCUUUCAUGCCUUCAAUUUCCUCCAACCUCUUUCCUCCACACAAGCAAAGAGCCUGGGGUCGAGAUUGUCAUGGUGAGAAAAACGUCGGCGGGGUAAAACCUGGGCCAUGCUUUCCAUACGAGUACUUGUUAAAUAACAUGGAUCUGUGUCAGAAAAUGCGUUGCAAGUUGCAGCAACAAUUACCUUGUGUAGCAUGGCCUUAUCAGUAUUCCCUUGUAUCUGUGAGCUCUUUUAAAAUGUUUCGAUUGAAUCUGGAUUCGUCUGAAAGGGCUAAGAUUAUAUAGGCAUACAUUGUGAUAAAUAAUACGUUGAUUGAUUCGUGACGGGCAGUAAAGCCAGUUUUCCACUUCAAGCGUACCGUACCGAAACGUAUCAAAAACAUUUCAAAAUUUAGCCUGAAUGUUGAUUGGUUAAUACUUCCGUAGUACGUCAGGAAGUUGACUUGCGGCGAACUCUUCAUUUUGAUGCGCGAAGCCGAAUACACCCGGAAGUACGUGGAUUUGUUAACCUCUUCAAGCUGCGCAUGCUCACUAGUACGUUUCGGUGCGGUACGGUUGAAGUGGAAAACUGGCUUAACUCGCAGUAGUAUGCGGUAGCUGCGUAUACUUAUACACACAAGAGAGCUCAAUUCUGCACUUGUCAGCAAACCACCUUGCAUACAUGACAAUCCUGUUAUAGAAUUUCGAAUGUAUGUCUAACACUCUACUUCGGUUCUCAUUUCAGGUACGGACUCUCUCUUCAUGUGGUAAAAUUGUAGUCUUCCUCAGUACGAUAACAGAGAACAAGACAUACAACGUGAGAGAUGCGUCAUUUCCGAUUUGCCAUGGUUUCUAAUUUUGAAAAAAAAGUUCGGCAUACCAUGAGUACUCGUACACAACUAACUGCAUUAGUAUUUCAUGCAUGGUACAGACAACUGUACAUUUUUAGUCUAUAGUCACUAUUUCUCUGCUUUACGUUAUUACUGUAUGAUUGGUACCAUGGAUGCGAAACAAUGUCAUGAAAAAAUGUUUUGUUAUAUAUAUAUAACUAGUGCUUAGCGCUAAAUGUGUCAAUGAGGUGAUUUGUGGUACUUUUGAAUUUUGAUAAAUGCAUUGACAUCACGCCAAGUAACAAGUGAAAUAUUUUUGCCGACCGGCUAAUGCGCCGAUCAGAACGAAGGUGUAACAUCCCCCGGGCAUUUGACUUUUUGGAUUUUGCAAUGAUCAAAUCUCCCGUAUAUUAAAGUAAAAAAAAACCCGGAAGUAGUGGUGCCGUCUGUGGUGGUCAAAUACCCCAUUGUAAAUUUAAUUUGAAGGUUAAAAUUCAAAAAAACUUUCAACUUCCCCAGUCCAUUCUGGUCGAUCCGAUCAAUAUUGAACAUAAUUCACAUUUUGACUUCGAAAAUCGUUUAAUAAAAAUUUCGUCAUUUUCUUGAACACAAAAUCAAAAAAUGUGCUUUUGAUUGACACGUUAAAGCCUGUGGUUUCUUAUGUCAGCGGGAAGCAAGUAUAUCUAUAAUAGUCUUCAUGUUAGGUAAACUAAAAGUUUUUUAGUUGUGGUCAAAUCCAUCCCCGUCCUCAUUAUAAGUGGAAUCAAAUGCCCCACCACUUUAAAUUUUUCGACAACAAAUGCCCGCCCCUAGGGAAAAACACGAAUGGCAAAUGCCCCUCUCGUACCCGGGAAGGGAUGUUACACCUUCGUUUUGAUCAGCGCAUAUCGUAUACAUGCCGAUAAAAUGGAGCCAGUCAGGGCUGCAUAAUAUAGCGGACCACGGAACCAUUGGUCCCAGACAAUUUUUGGGGUUGGCAGAAAAAAAUCGAGGGUGAAGCAAUUUUCCCGGGCCCCAGGCUUUGGGGGGCCCCCAGGCAAAAUAUUUAUGGUUUUCGGGUAAAGUACGUUCGUAGCCUGAAAUAAAGUAGGAAAAGUCCCACGAAAGCAAUGAACACAUCCUAGUCCGGAAAAUUUUUUUGUUGACCGGAGGGAGGUGAUAGAGGGUCCCCAAAUUGCAGAAAUUUGUUUCGUUGGCCUUGCGGUCUCAGAAAAUAAAAUAUUUUAUGCAGCCCUGGAGCCAGUCCAAAUCAUUGUCCAGACUGAAUAGCUUUUUCAGUCUAUCAAGAGAAUACAGUAUCUCAUAGAGAAGAAAAAUACUCAACAGGAAAUGUAGGCUCGGUUCCAGCCGUUCCCUCUUGUGGGCUCCCUCCAAGAGUUCCCUCCAAGAGAGCCCACAAGAGGGAACGGCUGGAACCGAGCCUACAGGAAAUGCUGCUGAAAGCCUUUUACUUAGCAGGUUAUUUUAUUCAUGUCCAGAUCAUUUACAAUUACAAAGCGUUUUUCAUUCAUGAAAUAAAAUUGUUGUUUGAAUAUAAUAGUUGUGGAAACAGUAAUAAAUUUACGUGGUGUUUCCACAAACAAAACUAUUAUAUGUUUUAUCGCCAUGCAAACAUGCAAAGAACUUAUUGUUGUUUGAAUGUUAUAUUUCUUUGUCACUCGGCUAAUACAACAAAACAACAAGCGCUCGCUUGUUUUUCCCGCUUAAAUCGCACUGUUUACCUCGACUUCGUCAAUGUUUUAUCUUCGGAAAAAAACAAAACUAUUGAGCCGCUCUGUCGAGCGUCAUCUUUUUCAAUAAUAUUACUUAUUCUUGUAUAAAUAUUCAAUAUCUAUUUCUAUAAUAAACAAAUUAUUUUUAACACCAAUCAUCUGUGUUGUUAUAAUCAUAUAUGUUGUGUCUUGAUCUCAUGACCUCCGCCAUAUAGACUAUAGUUGGACUAUCGCAUAUUCGCAUACAUCAGAUAGUGGCGUAACUGGCGGGUGUCCAGAGACGGGGGGGCACACGCCUGGGGGGGGGCAAAAAUGACCAUAACAUUUUUGCUAGUACUUUGGGCAAGUUGCCCUGAGCCCCACUUAUAGAGUGAGGGCCCGAAACUUCGCAACGGGUGGUCCCCAAAAGCAGG